AUGUUUUGUCUUGCACACAAUGCAUUGAAUGCCUGUCUCAAUGGCCGCGCCGAGCGAGCCAGGGCGUCUGACCGCGCGUGUUCGCCUAUGCGUAUAAGUGCACGGGGAUGGAUUAACCUUGCGAAAUGUGACUAUCUAUCUAUCUAUCUAUCUAUCUAUCUAUCUAUCUAUCUAUCUAUCUGUUUCAGUCUGUUAAGAUUCGAUUCUCUUUGUUUAUUAAAAUCUAUCUAUCAAUUUAUCUAUCAGCCUGAAUUCGACUUUCUCUCGCUCUUUCAUUAUCUAUCUAUCUAUCUAUCUAUCUAUCUAUCUAUUCGAUCUAUCUACCUAUCCCUCUAUAUAUUUCUUUAUCUAUUUGGGUUCUUCAAAUUCAACUCUCUCUCUCUCUCUCUCUCUCUCUCUCUCUUUAUCUUUCUAUCUAUCUAUCUAUCUAUCUAUUUCAUUCUGUUCAGAUUCAGCUCUCAGUCUAUCUACCUAUCCCUUUGUCUGUAUGUCUGUCUGUUUUUCUCUCUGUGUCUGUCUGUCUGUCUGUCUCUCUCUGUCUAUCUAUAUGGACAUCAUCACUAUAAUCAUUUUCUCCACAUCUCUCUCUUUCUGUCACUCUCUCCCUUUCAAUACAGACAUCAAUACGAUAAUCAUUUUCUUUCCACCAUUCUCUCUAUCUUGCUUUCCCUCACUGUCUUUCUUUUGUGGCACACGGUCGCCGUUAAUAAUUAA